AUGUCGACUCCGUCUUCGAAACGUCCCUCUCCCGGAGCGUCGACGCAGUUGACGAAAAAGGCCCGACGCUCCGACCCUGAUGCCGCGGGACCCCUCGGUGCCUCCUUACCACCCCCGGUCGAUUCGGCGUAUGCCGCCGUGGUCGCGAGGAGCCCCUGGGUGCGCUACUCGACGACCCAGAAGUACGCACACUCGAUUUGGAACCGUUCGUUUAUGACGUCGUCCGGCGCGGCCGAACGCGAGAUCGAGGCUCUCAUGGGACCUUUGUUGGGGAUUGACGGGAGCCUGUUCCGCGUAGUCCAGGCGUACGGGGUCCAACUGCUGCGCUUUCUGUGCUACCCGCACUCCUACUGGCCGGAAUUCCUUCAAGAGAGAGUGUCCUUGCGAAAUCUAAUCACCUUGCACGGCGGUCAGGCGGUGGCCGAUUACGUCCAGACUCAAGGUCCUGAGUGGUGGCCAGUCGUGUCUUUCUUGGGUCGUUCGAAACCAUUCGCUCCCUCGUUCAUGUCCGUCCUGUCCUGGUUGCAUGGCCGGACAUUGCGCGCUAAACUCUUGAACCCGGCGGUCUGUACUCGCGCGGCCAACUCGUCUGCCUUCGGAUGGAUGAUCCAGGAGGCCAUCUCGGCUCGGGACGCAGGAAAUGUCGGCGGGGUGUAUCCGUUCAUCGUGGGCUCGCAUUCGCAUCCCCCAGUCGGUUCUGAGUGGGCACGCGGUCUGAGGCCUCCCCAGGGCCUGACUCCUGGCUCUCCCGAUCCGCCGCUUCCCGUUCGUCAGGCUCCGCUAGGGAUUCCCACUUCGACUGCGCCCGCUUCGGCCGCGAAUCCCGUCGUCUUGGAUGAUUCCUCCGAAGGCUCCCGUACCGAUGCCGACUAA